UUUAUUCUGGUAUGUGAAUCUCUGCUCAUAAAACCCCAAGAACAAACUGAGAGAGACAGAAAGAGAGAGAGAGAGAGAGAGAGAGAGAGAGAAGAGAGAGAGAGAGAGGCUUAACCCAACUCGGCCAAAUUCAAUAGCCUCGACCUUUCGUCAAGGUGCUUUCUUUUGGGUUCUAAUGUGUUGCGGCUGGUUUUAAAGGUGAUCGAAAUGGGUUCCAAGGAGAACAAUCAAGGUCUCGUUAGGCCUGCAAAUUUCCAAGGUCCAAGAUUGUUGGGGGGUUCCAAGUUUGUGAAGGAGAUUGGGCACAAUCAUCGAGCGGCACUAAGCAAUAUCACCAAUUUCAAAAGAGAGGCUUCUGGGAAUGAUGUGGCUGGUGAUAAGAAAUUGUCAAAUCUGGGACAUAGACCCAUUACAAGGAGGUUUGCUGCACAAAUGGUCCAGCAAUGCCCAAAGGAAUCUGAGGAAGUCAUUGUGACUACAUUGGUUCCAAAUCCUAGUGGUGUUAGGGAUUGUGAUCAGGAAAUUAAGAAACUGAACUCAUCUACCGUCAAUCCUAGUGGUCUUGUGGACUGUGAGAUCAUAGAUGUGGAGGACAGUGAGGAUGAAGAUUCUGAUGCUGUGCCAAUGUAUGUGAAGCACACAGAAGCUAUGCUAGAUGAGAUUGAUAGGAUGGAGGAGGAUGAAGAAUCAGAAGAUCCCAUUAUGGAUAUCGACACCAGCUGCGUUAAGGAUCAACUCAGUGUUGUGGAGUACAUAGAUGACAUCUAUGCACACUACAGGAAAACUGAGAAUCAAAGCUGUGUCUCCCCCCGUUACAUGGCCCAGCAACCUGACAUCAAUGAGAAGAUGAGGGCUAUUCUUAUUGACUGGCUUAUUGAGGUCCACUACAAGUUUGAGCUUAUGGAGGAGACGUUAUUCCUCACCAUCAACCUUAUAGACAGAUUCUUAGAGCGUCAAGUGGUGGUCAGGAAGAAGCUUCAGCUGGUUGGUGUAACAGCCAUGUUACUAGCCUGCAAGUAUGAGGAGGUUUCUGUCCCAAUCGUGGAGGAUUUUGUUCUGAUAUCAGAUAAGGCAUAUACUAGGAAAGAUGUCCUUGACAUGGAGAAAUCAAUGGUCAACAAGUUACAAUUCAACUUUUCUGUUCCUACCCCAUAUGUGUUCAUGAGGAGAUUCCUCAAAGCUGCUCAGUCUGACAAAAAGCUUGAGCUUCUGUCCUUCUUCCUCAUUGAGCUAUGCCUAGUGGAGCAUGAAAUGCUAAAGUUUCCACCAUCUCUGCUAGCUGCUGCAGCAAUUUACACUGCUCAGUGUAGUCUUUCAAGGUUCAAGCAGUGGAGCAAAACCAGCGAGUGGUAUACCAAUUACUCAGAAGAUGAACUUCAAGAAUGCUCAAGGUUGAUGGUUACUUUCCAUCAGAAGGCUGAAACUGGUAGGCUAACAGGAGUGCAUAGGAAGUACAGUACUUGGAAAUUUGGCUAUGCUGCUAAAGCUGAACCAGCUGAGUUUCUCCUGAAUCCCUGACGCUUCUGUGGGUUUAAGGGGCGAAAGCAUUACUAAUUUCAAGGUCUUUCUGAAGUUGUCACUUAGCAACAGAAGUUGCCCUGGGGGUCUUAGUGGGGAUGAUGGGUUUCUUCUUUUGUUGCCAACACAAACAUCUACUUGAGAGUCUGCAUUCUGCAGAUAAUAAUUUCUUAGUAGUUUUCCAUUGACUCAAUGUUUUCUAAGUUUCAAAUGGUUUCUUUGAUGUGAAUAUCCAAAUGGUUGCUUUAUGUGAAUAUAUAAAUGUGUUUGGUCUCUUGC